CCACGAUUGGUUCAUGUCCUUUUGUGACAUUUCAGAGCCCUACGCAUGUGUGGAUCAGCACAUAGCUGAGUAGUCAUGGAGAGAAUCUUAACUGCUCGGGGUGCUGUCUUGUUGUGACUGUCAGAUGGAACCACGUGACCCGCGCAAUUCCAGAUGGCAUUUAAUGUGACCGUGGUGUGGUCGCUUAAUAGUAUGGUUUAAGGCCAUUGCUAUCUCCUUUGCAUCCUUGGCUUGUGGUUCUUAUGGCUCUGGCCGGCUCAGAAACGUCUUCGCAUCAUGUUUCCAUAUAAUUCGUCUUCAAUCAUCCGGCUAAUAGCAUCUGUUGCAGAGUACUAGUCAAUUCUUGCCUGAACAGGUCCAGGCGAAGAACGGCCAGCUUUCAACAAGUCAACCGCAAGAUGCUAAGCCUCGUCUGAUGCUAAUGGGUCUCCGUCGGAGCGGCAAAUCUUCCAUUGCUAGCGUUGUGUUUCACAAGAUGCCCCCAAAUGAAACGCUCUUCCUUGAGUCGACCACUCGGAUACAAAAGGAUUCGAUCCACUCCUUCAUGGAUUUCCAGGUCUGGGACUUUCCAGGUCAGCUCGAGUAUCUGGAGCCAUCUUUCGACCUCGAGAAUAUUUUCGGGAGUCUUGGAGCACUUGUUUGGGUCAUUGAUGCUCAGGAUGACUACCUGGACUCCGUUGCACGUCUCAACCGCACCAUCUUGACCGUACAGCAGUACUAUCCCAACAUCAAUAUUGAAGUCUUCAUCCACAAAGUGGACGGACUUUCUGACGAGUACCGCACAGACACCUUCCAGGACAUUGUACAGCUGAUCUCCGACGAGCUAAGCGAUGCCGGAUAUGAAAAUGCUCCGGUUCACUACUACCUAACCUCGAUUUACGACUAUUCUGUCUUUGAGGCUUUCAGUAAAGUCAUUCAGAAGCUCAUUCCCAAUCUCUCGACUCUGGAGAACUUGAUCAACACGCUCGCCAACAACUGUGGCUUCGAGAAGACUUACCUGUUCGAUGUCUUGAGCAAGAUCUAUAUCGCAUCCGACACUCGUCCCGUUGAUAUGUCAUGCUACGAGAUGUGCUCGGAUUACAUCGAUGUGAUUGUGGAUAUCUCCGAGCUGUAUUCCUGGGACCAUCCAGAUCGCAAAGCCAAGGGUGAGCAAAAUCAAGAAGCUGAGAGCCAUGUGGUACUGCAUGACGAAACAAUGAUACAUCUGAUGGAGAUGAACAAAUACUUGUGCCUGGUUUCAGUGAUCCGCAAUCCAGAAUCCAAGAGCAAAAAGGGUCUCAUUGACAUGAAUUGCCGGACCUUCCAAGAAGCCCUCAACGAUGUGUUUUCUCGCAGCUGGGAGCAGGAGCAGGAGCAGGAGCAAGUCUAACUUGAUUAUUUGGAUUGGGGCUGUGUUUGAUGCUGGAUUAUGGCCAUAGCCGAUUUGUAUGUACUAUCUUAUAUCGUCUAUACCUGACUCGUGCUUGAGGUCUCUUGGUGGAUUGUUCAUGAGUACCUGGAUGCCAGGUCAACACACGGCUUGUGUAGAGUUGUUUUGGUGAAGUGAACCUCCGGUAGUGAUCACUUUGGACAAUCAAGCAUAGGCACAAAUGGUAGCCUAAUUAGAAACAAAUAUAUUAAGAUUAUUACCACUUUUGCCGGUAGCC